UUCCGUGUGUUCAUAAUAGUUUUGUUUUCAAAAUGAUUAGGAUAUUUUUGCUAAUAUGUUUGCAGUUUGUACUCAACUUGAAUGCAGAGUUCACCUCAAAAGACUGCCGAGAUCUCGGAUUUAUUAAAUCGCAACUGUUUUGCUCAUCAUGUAGUAGCUUAAGUGAAUAUGGGCUGGAUGAGUUGAAGGACCACUGUCGUGAAUGCUGCCAAAAAGAUAUUGAUAGUGAUGGUAAACUUAAAGUAUAUCCAAAAGCAGUGCUAGAAGUGUGUACCUGCAAAUUCGGUGCUUAUCCACAAAUUCAGGCAUUUAUCAAAAGCGACCGCCCAUCGAAGUUUCCUAAUCUAUCUAUCAAAUACGUUCGUGGAUUGGAUCCGAUUGUCAAGCUAAUGGACGAACUCGGUAAUGUAAAAGAAACAUUAUCAAUUACCAAAUGGAAUACUGAUACUGUACAGGAGUUUUUCGAAACUAGGCUAAGCAAAGUUUUAAUGGAGGAUGAUUAUUUAAGAACAAAUAGAGUGUGAAUACAAUAAUCCAACAAAC